GCCGUGUCCUGGGGGGCCUAUAUGGACGCCCAUGGCUGGAAUCUGGCCGAAAUGUGCCAGCGCUACCAUCACGCCGGCGGCGUCGCGAGCGCACAGCAGCAACAGGCGGCAGCAGCGGCGGCGGCCUCGUCGCCGGCCCGCGAACAGACUCACACACCCGGACUGCAGCAGCAGCAACAGCAGCACAUCGAUCAACCUAGUCCAUCCUAUUCGCAUUACACGAUGCUGGAGAGCUACGAGCGUGGAGAGGUGACACCACCUCCCGGCGGCUACGCAGGCUCGCCGGGGCUGCUCGCGCUGCACUCGUCCAUCUACGCGACGCCGUCGUCCGCGCAGUCGCGGCCCUUCGACAUCGACUCGGGCAUCGAUGGCAACGACAGUCCCAUGUCCAUGGACACGCAAAUCAUACCGAUACCAGGCAUGCUAAGCAGCCAGCAACAGCAGCAGCAGCAGCAACAGCGACUCGAGGAAAUGUCGUGGCUGAACUCCGGGCCGACGCUGCAGGACUACCAGCAGUCGCUGGGCGGGCCGAUGGGUGGUCCAGUGAAGAUGUGCCACGGCGCCGGUGGCGCAGCUGCCUCGGCCGCCGCCGCUGCCCGAAAUCUCAAGGAGCAGCGCAUACGCAGGCCCAUGAACGCUUUCAUGGUCUGGGCCAAAGUCGAGCGCAAGAAGCUGGCCGACGAGAAUCCCGAUCUGCACAACGCCGAUCUCAGCAAAAUGCUCGGCAAGAAGUGGCGCGGACUCACGCCCCAGGACAGACGACCGUACGUCGAGGAGGCCGAGCGACUCCGCGUGAUACACAUGCAGGAGCACCCCAACUACAAGUACAGGCCCCGCAGGCGAAAGCACGCGAAGCGUCCGCCGGGGGCGCCCGCCUCGCCGCCUACACCCGGUGGCGGUGCCUCGUCGAGCGGUGCCGGCGCCGCUGGACCCGUAGGAUCGGUGCAGUCGUCCGCGAAUAGAUCGGGCGUGGGUGCCGGUAUCCAUCACAGCAUAUCGAAAAUGGACAAUUAUCAAAAUAUGAGCCAGAUGGCGUGGGGCGGAUCGCCGAUUUCCCUGUAUCAUCAGCAACAGCAAGCGGUGCAACAACAACAGCAGCAACAGCAGCAACAGCAGCAGACGAUACAGGAUUACAAAUCGGAAAACAAUUCGCUCUACGGGAGCCCUUACACGCCGAUCAUUCACACGCCCGAUACGAGUCCUGUCGCCAGCCCCGAGCCCGAUGGUACCAGUCCGCAUCCGUCGCAGAAUCCCGAGCACGACAGAGAUCUCAUGGACGGUGGCGGAUCGAAGCAGUCGCAGCAACAGCAGCAGCAGCAGCAACAGCAAUACGAGAUGAACGAGCAGAAUAAGCAGCAGCAGCAGCAACGCUACUCGUACAUGCAGAGCGGCGCGGACCAGCUGCACGUCGUUGGCUCGAGCAUAUCCUCUUGCGCCAACACACCUGGACAGUACUCCGACACGUUACCGACGCACAAAAAAGGAAACUACAUGAACUUCGAUCGUCAGCAGCAGCAGUCGUCGAGCAUAGCCGUGAGUAUAUCCAAUGGGAUGAUGGUGUCUUGCAACAAGAUGCGAUCGGGCUUCGACAACGUCGGCAGCGUAACCGGCACCUUCUAUCCACCCAUUGGGACGCCUCACGAUCAGUCGCUUCACUACUCUACCCAGCAGCAGCAGCAGCAACAACAGCAACAGUCCCAACAGCAGCGGCAACAGCAACAGCAGCAGCAGCAGCAGCAGCAGCAACAACAACAACAGCAACAACAACAGGAUACAGGGACUGGAGGUUACUCGUGCGCCGGAAGUAGGCAGCAGCAGCAGAGCAUGGGAUUGCGCCCCGCCGAGGGCUGCUCCGGUGUGACACACCGCUACCAGUUACCUCAUCAUCAAGACUAUCAUCAGUCGGAGAGCCAACAGCAACAACAAAUGCAGCAACAAAUGCAGCAGAGUCACAUGGAUGCGGCCAGUGGUGGUAUGCAGCAGCAGCAGCAGCAACAGCACGACGAGGAUCAGGAGCACGUGAUGCAGCUGGAAAAGUACCUGAACAAGUACGCACACCAUACGACGAGUGGUAUUAACUCGAGCGCGUCGACCCCGAGUCAUCAUCAUACGAGUCUAACUACACAAAGUAUGCUCGACAGCAAUCACAAUUACGCCAGCGAUCUGCGCUACUACUCGCCGCAUCAGCCACAGCCUUCCCAACCUCGUCCACAGCAGCAGCAGCAGCAGUCCUCGCAGCAUCAACAUCAGCUCGAUAUAGCCGGCCCGAGGUGUAGUAUCAUGGACGAGCAGCAAGCCAAGGAGCAUCAACAGCAGCAGCAGAUGCCAGCCAUGCCUCCGCUCGUCCUUCAGCAUCAUUCGAUCGAGCAGUAUCAACACGCGGAGCUCGGCAAGUAUCAGGAGCAGAUGCAGCAACAGCAGCAGCAGCAGCAACAGCAACAGCAACAGCAGCAGCCAACCGGCCAGAGUAUCGAGCACGCCUCCAAACCCGACGACGAUUUCAGCGUCAUACUGGCCGACGUGCGCAAAACCUGUUACAGUAGUUAGCUACAUUGAUGCAGUUGCUCCUGUAUUAUACAUAUUUUAUAGAUAUUAAUAAAUAGGGCCAAUUUUUUGGCUUUGAAUGCACCAACGAUGAACUUGGAUUAGUUCUCUUCUCUUGAUUCUUUCUUUUCUUUUUUGUCAUUAAUUUUUUACGUUUUUUUAAGUUCUAUCGUUAAUGGACGAAGUUGCUGAUUAAACGAAGAGGAGAAUAUGGUAGAAAACGUGAAUGAAUGCGAGGAAAAUAAACGAUUUUUACAUUUUUGUGUGGAAUAUUAAAAAAACAUGAUUACGCGUGAAGCCGUUCGUUAUGGAUAUCUGAGGAAAUACGUUCUUUACCUGUGAUGGGCAUUCAUGAGGACAAUUAAAAUUUUAACUGAGUGAAUGAAAAAUUUGUCAUAAGAUGCCACCUCCAAGAUUGUGAGAAUUGAGAACUAAAAAAUACUUUUUAAUCAACGUAGUUAUUAUUAUUAAAAAAAAUUUAAAAAAAAGAAAUAAAAAUAACCAACGCAAUUCUGAAUCGUGCAAUAAACGUAUGAUAGGUAAUCUUUUUUCGACUGAAUUUCGUACAUGUAAAUACUGAUCUGUGAUCCGUUCUAAACUAUAUAAAUGAUUUUUCCUUCGAAAUUCGAUACGAUGAGAUUUUUCAGGAGAUUUUGCGUGUGGUGGAAAUAUAAAUGUAAAGUAAAUAUAUAUUUACAAAUGUUGUAUAAUUUAUAUAUUUACAUAUUUUUAUAAUUUAUAUAGUCAGCAAUGUGUGUAUAGGGUGUGACGAUUGUGAUCACAACAAGUUCUGAUUCGCAUGGAUCUCUUUUGGUGCUUAGGUCAUAUUAUUAUAUAGAUAAAGAUUCAACUCUUUCAAGUACACUAUCGAUAUAAAUAAAUAAAUUGAUUAAUGAAAUCAUUUACGAGAAUGAAAAUAAAAAUAUAAAUAAGUAAACAAUCUAUUGCACAUUUUUUGAAACUACAUACUAUCAAUAUGUAUAGGAAAAUAUGCCAAUUGAGAUUGAGCUCGAGCGGUAACGAAUCGUGGCUCAUCGGCUUACUAUGUACAUCUAAUUAAAUGGUUUUUUAAGUUAUAAAGAUAACGAUUAUAGUUUAGAGAAAAUUUAACGCGGACAAGUUUAUUAUUAAGUGAUUCGAUAGGCUAUAUUAUUCAAAUGUUUUUUAAGUGUUAUUGAAACUUAAUUGUCAAAACGUACUUAUGUCAAUUACGCAAUAUGCGUGAGCAUAUUUGUUGAAUAAUGAGAACAGAUUAACCACGAAUUUCGCAAGUUUUAAUGUAAAUAACGAUUUUUUAGAAUUUCGAUGGACCGAGUCUGUUACUCUUGUACACGCAGUCUAAAAAAAUAAAGUAAUAUAGACGGACCAGUGAUUGGCCACUUUCGAUCAGUAAUCACAUUCACUGGUGCCCGGUCAAUCACUGGUCCGUCUACCCAACUUUGAGUAACCACACAAGUACACAGUACACACGUGAAAUUAUAAAUGAGAAUUAGAU